AUGAGAUCACAAUUUAAAGACGAAUACGAUUUUGAAAAAAGAAAAGCAGAAUCUACUAGAAUUUUAGAAAGAUUUAAUGAUAGAUUACCAGUCAUCUGUGAAAAGGCUGAAAAUUCUGAUAUCCAAGAAAUCGAUAAGAGAAAGUAUUUAGUUCCAGGAGAUUUAUCAGUAGGUCAAUUUGUUUACGUUAUUAGAAAGAGAAUUAAAUUACCAUCUGAAAAAGCCAUUUUCAUCUUCAUUGAUGAUAUCUUACCACCAACUGCUGCUUUAAUGAGUACAAUUUACGAAGAGCAUAAAGAUGAAGAUGGUUUCUUAUAUGUUUUGUACAGUGGUGAAAACACUUUUGGAGAAAAGAAAGUUUUGAACUUGGCUGAAAUCUUUGAUGAAAUGUAG